GUCCUGUGGUGACGUCAUCGCUGCUGGUCUGCAGCCUGUUGUUUUGUUUGUUGAGUUCAGCGUCGAUCAGAGAGUUUACAGGAAACACGUGAAGGACAGUGAAGCAGUGAAGACGUGAAAAGACCCAGAGACACCCAGAGACACCCGGAGACACAGCGGAGACUGAAUUCACCUGAAUCUGCUUCAAUCUGCUGCGUCGAGCGAACUCAGCCCGGAAACAUGAAAUGGAUGUUCAAAGAGGAUCACUCCCUGGAACAUCGAUGCAUAGAAUCCGCCAAAAUCCGCAACAAGUACCCUGACCGGGUCCCGGUGAUCGUGGAGAAAGUGUCGGGAUCGCAGAUCGUGGACAUAGACAAGAGGAAGUACCUGGUCCCCUCCGACAUCACAGUGGCUCAGUUCAUGUGGAUCAUCAGGAAACGCAUCCAGCUGCCCUCGGAGAAGGCCAUCUUCCUGUUUGUGGACAAGACGGUGCCUCAGUCCAGCAUCACGAUGGGGCAGCUGUACGAGAAGGAGAAGGACGAGGACGGCUUUUUAUACGUGGCUUACAGCGGCGAGAACACCUUCGGUUUUUAAAUCAAGAGGCCGGAUCACGACCCGCUGACCUGCGGCGCCGCCCAGCCACACAGACACCCGCCUACAUCUAAUCACAGCCCUGACUUGGCCCCUGGAGAUAGCGAGGGAAACCCCGGAGAGAUUGAGCGACAUGAACGCAACAGGACGAUGGACUGAGCGCUCCUCUGACUGGACGAACAUACGCGUUUGUUCUGGCCCGUGUUGCACCACUUCUUUAUAGAGUCAUAGAUCCAGUCGUGUAUAGUGUGUUACAUUUCAAUUAUUGUUUGUUUGAUGUUGUGAUUUGAGUGUUUUAAAAGGAACCUUGAUUUUCUUUAUUUCACAUUUUAAACAAUAUGUGUGAAUGAGUUUUGCUUGUAGUUCUGCUUUCCUCUUUAAAGAUGAUAUUUAAAAGAAUUUUAAUUUAAUUAUUUGAGGUAAGGUAGCUGGAUGACCUAACCAAUAAAAAAUAUACAAAUUAAA